UGGAAAAAUAGAUUUCCGGGAGAAGUCAUUGGAAAGAGUAGUAAGAGAAAGAUUAUCAUGAGGGGACUAUAGAGGCAGAGAAAAAGGGAUAGCAAGGAAGCUGUCGUGCCAAUUUUUCUUGUAUCGAGGAUCAUUCUUGUGUCGAUUUUCAAAGCGGAUGGUCGUGAUUUGAUUUUGCGGGCAACAAAAUGGCUGAAUCUGCGGACGGUAGUUUCACCGUCGGAUACGACAUUGGCGCGGAUCACGCUCCUAAAGGAGAUACUCCCACAGCGAAGAGAAAGAGAUUAACCGAAAGCCAAUGUUCCCGAAGUGGAAACCCGAAAAAGAAGAUACUCGUACGUGACACUAAACCGAAAGGUAAUAAAGCCAAAAAGCAAACGUUGCAUACAGGUCUAUUCAAACGAAAUCGGUUUGCUAAAUUGGAGAAGGACUUGGCAGAAGAAAGAACUCGGAAUGCUCUACUGGUAGAAGAAAUGAACAAAAUGCGAAGGGCAUUGGAGCCGAUUUCCGAAUCUAGUGUUGAGGGCCCCCCUUCGGACGCCGGCGCAAUAGUGGAACAGAGUACGAUCGACUUUGAGGGAAUCGGACCUUCAAGCACUCAACGCCCAAGAGAUAUCACCGUUGUUGAAGAGUCGAAAUUUAUGAGCUCCAUCAACCAAUUAUCCGUGUCAUCGAUCAGUGUUCCCGAAUGUAAGCCGGCAAGCGAGGAUGGUGAAAUCGAUCGUCAUACCUUUGAACAGUGGCGUGAUCUUCUCAUCGAUUCGAUGCAGCUAGCGGGAAUCACAGACGAAGUUACUAAGUUCACGCUAUUCAAGGUCAAGGCAGGGCCCCGUCUGCUAGACAUUUAUCGGAAUGCCAAGGCCGAUUCGAGCGCUCCUGAUGCAGGUUUAAUGCCAUUCUCUCAUGCGUUGUAUCGAUUAAAAGCAUACUAUGGAUCAGGUUCCGACAUAAUGCUCCAACGACGUCGUCUUGCGCUUAUGGAACAGAAAUCAGAUGAAUCUGAUUUGGCAUUCGUAACUCGUGUCGGUUCGGCUGCUAGGCUCUGUGACUUCGAUAGAGAAAAAGAAUUUGAAGAGAUAGUCGGAGCAGUCGCAGAACAUGCUCUAAGAAAAGAAGUGCGAACUAUGGCUCUAAAGCUCCUCAGCAGAAAAGGAACUUUUACUGACUUAGUUGAUAAGAUCAGAGAAAUUGAGGCUAUUCGCUUGAACGAACAGUUUUUCUCCCAGAAACAUGGUUCAAAGAACGAAGCAAUAGUCGCACCGGUCAGAGCGGACUUUCCUAUGAGAGGCGGUUAUAGCAGGUUCCCAGCAAGAGCUUCAUCACAACGUGGAUAUCGUGGAAAUCCAACAGGGAUAAGAGGUCGAGGCUCAUCGCGGGGAUCGAUUAUGAAAACCUUUGGUCCACAACGAAACACGUCACAUGUGAACAGAUGCUGGAGGUGCAACAGCGUUUAUCACGCGCCCGACAGGUGCCACGCCAUCAAUAAAGAUUGCAGGAACUGCGGACGCUUCGGUCAUAUUCAGAUGGCAUGUCCCUCACCUCCGGGGGCGAGUUCGAGAAAACCGGCAACUCAGGAAAGUGCGGAGUCGUUCCAGGAAACGGUUGCAGUGGUUGAGAAGCGUGAAGAUUCUGCUGAGUCAACGGAAGUAAGUGAGAAUUCCAUACACUCAUCUAAUUAACGAGUAACCAAACUAUGCGUCCUUCUUUAUACGUGCAAUGGAUUCUUUUUUUUCAAAAAAGGCAGAAGUCUUACUGCAUCAGUCUUCUAAAAAGUUUUUAUCUUAUUACUCAACUAUUGACCAUUAAACUCAUUAAAAAGUGAACAAGAUUGGAGAAAAUUAAUUCUCCUAUACAGGCCUCUGCUCAAUCCCAUGUGAUGACAAAUCGAAAAUAAACCUUGAAUAAUGACAACUCGUUCUUGUUAUUCUGACAGAUCUCGCACGAUAAUCAAAACAUUGCCACGGUUGCUACGAUUUCUUCAGAUAAUGGCGAUGGGUUCAUAAUGGCAAAAGUGGCGGGUAUGCGAUGUCGUUUUCUCAUUGACUCAGGGGCACAAGUCAACACUUUUACCCAAGUCAUGUUCGACACAUUGAUGAUGAAUGCGGAAUACAAUAAAGAUGUACACAAUAUCAAACAGGGGUCGGAUCGCAGUCUCAAGGGUUACGCAUCAGAAGGUACAAUUCAAGUAUCAGCUACUUUUGAAGCACCCUUGUUUAUAUCGGAAGAUAGACCCACGUUCCUGGAAAAGUUCUACGUGGUCAAUGAGCGACAAGCACUGCUGGGUAGAUUCACUGCAUCACGAUACAGUAUUAUGUUGCUUGGCACAAAAGUGCCAAUCAAAAAAGAUUCGUCCGUCGAUUCCGCUUGG